AUGGCCCUGCAAGUAUUCUCAGCCUCGAAUGCCACCGUCCUGGUGGCACUCGCAGCCGCUGCGAUAGCUCUCGCGUUCUUUCGAUUUAUUAUUUACCAAAAUCACUUCUCGCCGUUGUCGAGAGUCCCCGCCGCCCAUCCACUGGCCAAAAUAACCUCGCUAUGGAUCCAAUGGCAUAGAUGGCGUGGGACCGAGUUUGAUUGCAUCACGAGUGCUAUCGCGGCAAGUGGCCCGUACAUUCGUGUCGGACCCAACGAAGUCAUCCUCAAUGCCAUUGACGCCGUCCAAAACGUCUAUGGCGUUGGCGCCAACAAUUUUGACAGGCAUCCUUCAUAUGACUAUUUCAUUACUCAAGGCACUCGGAACAUGUUCACGUCGCUCGGGAAGGAUCACAGAUCUAAGCGGCGUAGAAUCUCUUCCAUAUACUCACGUUCAUUUUUGCAGACUUCUCCCCCGAGGCUGCCGCGCAGCGUCAGGCCUGGCUUUUUGCUUUUGGAGGCGGCAGUCGCGGGUGCAUUGGCCAGUACGCUGCAAUGGAGUUGA